UGAAAAGAAAAGCGAAUUAGCUCUACUUUGUAUGAGAGAAUAGUUUUUGUGGGAUUAAUUGCGACUUCACUGACUGACUCUAUCAUUUCAUUUGUAAAAGCAAAAAAAAGGGUGAAGAAGAAGAAAGAUGAGAAAACGCCGGCAAACAGUUGAGAUGCCUCCUCAGUUCUUCAAGAUUAUCUUAUCUCCUCAUGCCUCUAAAUUACAUAUCCCUGAUGAAUUUGUAAUAAAGUAUGGAGCCGAUCUGCGUGAUGUUGUGUUCCUUGAGGUCCCCACCGGAGCAAUCUGGCAAGUUAAAUUAUUGCAAAAUUCAAAUGGCACCAAAUGGCUCAACCACGGAUGGAACCAAUUUAAGGAAUACUAUUCAAUUGCUAUCGGUUACUUUUUACUCUUUCAAUAUAAUGGAAACUCUCAUUUCUCUGUUUUCAUAUUUGAUUUAAGUGCUUCUGAGAUUGAAUAUCUUUCUGGACCAAAUGAAGAUGAUAAUAAUAAUAAUAAUAAUAAUAAUAAUAAUGCAAAAGUAGCACAUCCAGUAUCCCGCCCUAAUUGUCUAGCAGAAAGGCAGGAGGUGAAGCUUGAGAAACCAGAUGUGGAGGAGGAUUUGACCUAUGCAACACAAAAACAUAAAAAGAAGGAGAAGAAUUUGUACAAUGAGCACUGCAAUGAAGUACUACAUCCUAACACUACCAAAUACAAUAAAAGGAAAUAUUCUCUCAAUUUGGAGGCAUCACAUCGUAGGUAUCCUCUACGAAGUAAACAGGUCAAACUUGAACAAUCUAAAGCAAAUGGGAGUCCUUCAUAUUCUGGAAAACAAAGACCUGCCACUUCACUAUCCUUUCCAGGUAUUCAGUCAGAAAGAAAAGAGUCUACCAGGGUGAAGCUUGAGAAAGAAAACUCGGAAGAGGAUUUCUGUUGUGCUCUGCCAAAAGCAAAAAGGGGGGAGGGUAACAUGGAGAAACUUGUAAAACAAGAUAGGCAACAUAAUAUGUUUGAUGAAGCACAUAAAUUUAAAGGGCACUGCAAUGAAGCACCAGUAGUGGAUCCCUCAACAUCGAAGAUGACAACCACUAAUCAGCAUAGUAAAAAGAGAACUGCUACCAGUUUAGAUGCAUCAAAUUGUCGAUAUCCACUACGAAGUAAGCAACUGAAAGAUGUAAAGAUUGAAAAAGGAGAUGUGGAAGGGCGCUGCAAUGAAGCACCGGUAGUGGAUCCGUCAACAUCUAAGGUUACAACCACUAAUCAGCAUAGUAAAAAGAGAACUGCUGCCAGUUUGGAUGCAUCAAAUUGUCGGUAUCCACUACGAAGUAAGCAACUGAAAGAGGUGAAGAUUGAAAAAGGAGACGUGAAAGAGCACUGCAACAAAAUACCAGUGGUGGAUCCCUCAGCAACUAAGAUGACAACCACUCCCCGACAUCAUGAAAAGAAAACUAGUGCCAGUUUGGAUACGUCACAUUGUAAGUAUCCACUGCGAAACAAGCAACUGAAAGAGGUGAAGCUUGAAAAAACAAACGCAGAAGAGGAUUUGCUUUAUGUAGCACAAAAAGCAAUGAGGAAGAAGGCUAAUAAUGCGAAGCUUGAGAAAGGAGAUGUGGAAGAGCGCAGCAAAGCAGGGGAUCCCUCAGCAUCUACUACCACUAAUCAACAUAAUGAAAAGAAAACCACUACCCCUUUGGAUGCAUCACAUUGCAGGUAUCCACUACGAAGUAAGCAACACAUAGAGGUGAAGCUUGAACAAUGGGAAACAGGAGGGAAUAUGCAUAACAAAACACCGAAAAAUAAAGUAGUAGCAGAUUCUCCAUAUUGUAUUAGACAAAACCUUUGCCUUCCAGCAUCCUCUCCAAGUUAUCAGCCAGUCAGGGUGAAGCUUGGAAAACCAGACAAUUUGUUUUGUGCAGCAGAAAAAGUAAAAGGGAGGGAGACCAACAAUGUGAAGCUUGACACAGGAGACUUGGAAGGGAAUUUGAUUGCUGCAUCUUAUAAAGGAAAAGAUUCCACAGCCUCUGAGAUGACAGUACUUGGCAAGAAGAAGAUGUUACCCUUGGAGAAGCACAAUCGGGAUAUGUACUUCAAUCCACACUUCACUGUUUCUAUGCAGCCUACUUGUGUCUCUAGAAACUUCCAAUUGGAUAUACCUGUUGAAUUUUUCAAGAAAUGUCUCAAUGAAGAGGAAACCAUUGUAAAUCUACGAGUUUCUAAUGGGAGAAGUUGGCGUGCAAAGUUGUUAGACAUUCAAUCAAAUUGUCCAAAGAUGGAAUCAUCAGGUUGGAGGGACUUUGUGCUCGACAACAAUUUAAAAGAGCAUGAUACUUGUGUCUUUGAGCUGAUUGACGGCAUUGAGCCAAUGCUAGAUGUGACAAUUUUCCGAGCCACAACUCCCGUUUCCUGAAAGAUAGUCAAGUAACCCAUUUUGCAAGCACUUAAGCUUUAUAUCCAUGUUGAAGGUGUUGAGGAUGUUAUAAUAUUGUGUAUUUUGGUGCCCUCUCCUUUUAUUUGAUACUAUUUCCUAAACGUCACUGUUAAAAACUUUUCUUUUCACCUGAAGCAUGUUUACUUGUUAUUUUUUGGUUCAUGCUGCUUUAAUUUCCAUUGACUGCUGAAAGAUUUCAGAAUGUAUAAUUUAGAGAGCAAGUUUCAAAUUUUAGUAGAAA